GAAGGGAUGGGGAUGGAGGAGGAAAAAAAAGGAAGAAAAAAAGAAAGGCGUUGUCGAUAAAUAGGAUAAAUUACGAAGAUCGUUGAUCUUUCGUACCCCUGAAUCGUAGCUCGUUUUCCGGCUCGAUAAUUAAAACUUGCGCAGGCUUCGCCAUCCUAUAUUUUUCAAUGUCGCUCGACAAUCCAAUGGACGUUGAAUCGCGUCACCUCGGUGUAAAGAGCUUUCGUUUCUUCUAUUUUAUUAACAGUGACUUAAUGGAUUUUUACUUUCCGUGUGCUCGCAGUGAUAUUGUUAAAACGGCACCACUGCGUUUCUCGUACUCGCUUUCCGAGAUUCCGUUCAACUAAUUCCAAUUUUUCUCUCUUCUCGCGAGCGAAUACGCAUGCGUCACGACGGAAAUUAUCAGGCGUACUUGGACGCGUUACGUCACGACGAUGUUACCGCGUGGUUUAAGAUUAUGGAUACUACAAGCGCUCCGAAUCUAAAUGCCGAAAUCUAUAGAAAUUUAACACCGGCUGAUCGUCCACCGUUUUCCGACAAACAUUUACAAUUUAUAUUAGUAUACAAUGAAAAUAGCGCUAUUCUUGGUGCUAGCAAUAUGACAGAUCGUUUCUGGGCUGGUACUAUGUGGUAUUAUAAUGAUAUAUCAGACUUUAAUAGAUGCAAGGCCUUUUUAACGACCAGAACUAUAAGUGGUAUAUCUACCGGAGCAUAUCUAGAGAAAGAGAAAUUCGUAAUCGGCGAGGAUAGCGGUCUGUUACAAAUUUUGGGCCUAGUUGAUAUACCAGAUCUGGAUCAACAGGAAUUACAAUCUUUAGGAUAUGCUUGUCAACAUGACGAUACGCUUACAACGGUGUCAGUAUUCUCUGACAAUGCACAUUUGGUGACAGGUGGAAUGGAUUGUUGUAUAAAGGUAUGGGAUAUAUCUAAUCUAAUGUCUAUAGAUUCAUUCCAUUCUAGUCAUAUAGAUGUUGUAACUGGAAUUGAUGUACAACAAGGAAGUAAUUCUGUAUUUAUAUCUUCGUCAUUAGAUAACUGUGCUUUGAUGUGGGAUACAAGAAAACGAAAACCUGCGCAAUGUAUUUUCGAAAAAGAUGGCUGUGGUUUGACGUCGGUAUCCUGCAAUCCUGUCUCUAAUAACAUUGUAGCGAUAGGCGCAAACGAUGGAAGCGUCACAUUAAUAGACAUUAGAAAUACGGACGAUGUGUUAUUUGAGUCAUCAGUAUUUUCCAGAUCAAUACAUAAGCUUUUAUUUAAUCCAAAUCCAGAAAGAACCAGAGAGCAAAACAAUUCCAUCGUACAAGAAUUUUUUAGAACGAUCCUCAAAUAUGUAAAAAUAUAUUGGAAUGUAGUCUUGUAUAACUAUUGCUACUAGUAUAUUCUUUUUCUCUAUGCUGGCCAAAUAAUUUCGAAGAAAAUUUCACAUCCCUAAUUGAUAUAAAUGAACAUUAUUUACGUCGAAAUUGAGAUAUUUAUUCGUUGUUAAGUGGACAAGAAAAAAAAGAAAAAAAAGCUCAUUUAUAAAUAAAUGGAAACUAUGUCUUCUCUCAUCCAUUGGAUUCUGUUGUAUACCAUUGAAUAAGAUUGCUUAAGUGCCAACAUAAUAAGGCAAUAGUUAAAUACCAUAAUUUCGUAAUUAUAAGACAUAAAUAAUACAAUGAGAAGCAUGUAUUGUAUAAUUAAAUCAUAUACAACAUGAUUUCAUUUGUAACAUUCCCAUCUCAGUGGUCGAAAGAAAUUAAUUGAGGAUUUAACAUACAUUUUCUUUUUUU